AAAUCAGUGAGAGAUGUGGUGGGACACAUGGGAGAUGUGGGGCAGGGGAAGGUUUAGGAAGAAAAGAAAAAGUAACCAAAAAGUGAUGACCAGUAAAAGGAAACUCGGUUGUUAUCAAAGUGAUUCCAAGUACUUCAUUACAGCGGAACCUGUUGAGUUGAAUGGUCUGUUACAGAGGCCGAAGUGCGUUGAAAAUGUCUAUCGAAGGUCAAUUCAAGUCGACGGACAUGAAAAGGUUACAGACUUUGGGAUUUUAAAUGAGCCUUUCAAAGUUUGUUGGAUACAAAACUUCAUUCAAGAUGAACAAUAUUUAGAUGAUUUGAUUAACUUUAUUGAGAAUACAGUUUACGAACUGAGAAACACUGAUAUGUUUACUUAUCAUCAAAUAGAAGACGAAAUUUUCAUGUCCAACCCUCUGGUCCAGCGCUUAGCGACAAGUCUUGUGCAAAAUGUGAUUCCGUUUUUAUCUAAAGUCGUUGGGAAAAAAUUAAAUAAAGAAAAAGUUACAAUUAGUGCAUCUAAAUAUACUUACACUAAUCACUUACUGUGUCAUGAUGAUAUGUCAGGUGACCGGAGAAUCGCGUUCAUCAUUUAUCUCAACAAAAAGUGGGACAAAUCUUGGGGCGGUACUUUGGACCUUUAUCGAAGUGAUUAUCUCCUCGAACCAACUACGAACAUUGUCCCAGAAUUCAACAGAUUUUUAUUCUUCGAAGUGUCUCGUUUCUCUUUCCACCAAGUUGCCGAGAUAAUCAAUAAAAAUGCUGUUCGAUAUACGAUCAAUGGAUGGUUCCAUAAACCGUUGGAUGAAGUUAAUUGAAUAAAGAUCUCAAUCAAUUGUUGAA